AUGGGCGACGCUGAACUUCCCAAGAAGUUCAAGGCUGCCGUCUACGACAAGCCUGGCGAGAUCUCGACCAAGAUAGUCGAGCUCGAUAUGCCCGAGCCCGGACCGGGCGAAGUGCUCAUCAAUUUGACCCACUCCGGCGUCUGCCACUCGGAUAUGGGCGUCAUGAUGAACUCGUGGGCCGCACUGCCGCACCCGACGCAGUCAGGGCAAGUGGGCGGACACGAGGGCGUGGGGAAGAUCGUCAAGAUGGGUCCCGGGACCGAGAAUUCGGCUGUCAAGGUCGGCGACCGCGUGGGCGUCAAGUGGAUAUCCGCGAUCUGCUGGAGCUGUCCAGCGUGUCUGGAAGGACACGACGGGAUCUGCUUCAACCAGAAGGUCAGCGGCUACUACACUCCCGGCACCUUCCAACAAUACGUCCUCGGCCCGGCCAACUACGUAACCCCGAUCCCCGACUCCCUCGACUCGGCCUCCGCAGCGCCGAUGCUCUGCGCGGGCGUAACCACCUAUGCAGCUCUGCGCAAAUCGGGCGCCCAGUCCGGCCAGUUCGUCGCCAUCCUCGGCGCAGGCGGCGGGUUGGGCCAUCUGGCUGUGCAGCUGGCCUCCAGAGGUAUGGCGCUCCGCGUUAUUGGCGUUGAUGCGGACGAGAAGAAGGAUCUGGUUAUGGAAAGUGGGGCGGAAGAGUUUGUGGGGCUGGGGGUCGGCGAUACGGUCGCGAGGGUUAAGGAGUUGACUGGCGGGUUGGGCGUGCAUGCUGUGUUGGUGCUUACGGCGGCAAAUGCGGCGUAUGCGGGUGCGAUGGACAUGCUCCGCUUCGGUGGCCGCUGCGUCUGCGUCGGCAUCCCAGAGGGCGACCCGAUCCCGAUCAAGGGCGCGCUGCCGCAGUUCAUGGUUGCGAGGGCGCUAAGCAUCAUUGGUGUUGCGGUCGGAGACAGGAAGGAAGCGAUCGAGACGCUCGAUUUCGCCGCGAGAGGCAUCGUCAAGACGCACUAUCGGACGGAGAAGAUGGAUAAGUUGACGGAUGUGUUCCAGGAGAUGUUUGAGGGGAAGCUAAAGGGACGGGUGGUAUUGGAUCUGCAGUAA